AGUUGUUUAACAUUAAUUGUUAGCUAAUUUCCCUUUCCUUAUAAAUGAGUGCAAUUGGUGAUCAUUUUGAUAUGUAUCAUUACAAAAAUUUGAAAAACCAAUAAAAAGAAAAAGAAAAAGAAAAAAAAAAGAGUAAAGAAUGAGUUUAAAACGUAGGCUUGAGGGUGAGGUGGAGAUCAAAGCAGGUGCAAGUGAUGUGCACCAUGAAAUAUUUAUGAGUAAACCUCACCAUGCAGCCAUUGCUGCUCCUCAGUUUGUGCAGGGUUGUGACUUACAUGAGGGUGAACUUGGUAAACCUGGCUCUGUUAUCAUUUGGAGCUUAACCGUAGGCGGGAAACCAAUAAAAGUAAAGAAUGUGAUUGAAGAGAUUGAUAAUGAGAAGAUGUUGGUGAGGCAACGAACAAUUGAAGGUGAUCUGUUGGAUGAGUAUAAGACCAUUACCGGAAUAUGUCAGGUUAUUGCUAAGGACAAAGAAACAAGCAUUGUGAAGUGGGCAUUUGAAUAUGAGAAACUGCAUCCUAAUGUGCCUGAGCUCUCUGAUUUGCUCGACACAGCCCUUGCUGUUGCCCAACACAUUGAUGAUCAUCACCAUGCCCAAAUUUGAAUUAAGAAAUUGUUUGGGGGUUAAUAAUUACGAUAAAUAAACAUAAAAAGGUAAACGGCUUUUAGAAAAGUUCUUAAUAUUUAUUGUAUUGUACUUUUAGAUGAAGAUCAUUGUACGACUCUUAUCGAUCUCACAACAUUAAGAAUAAUAAGCUAAAUAAAGGCAAUAAUUUAAUACGUGGCGAGGUUUCCAGGUCGAGUAUCAUUGUAAGAUAAACAUGAUUUGAUAAUGGAAAUAAAGUGUGUUUGCAUGGUA